AUGAGCACAUCAGACUAAAGAGAGAGUGAGAGAGAGAGGGGAAAAUAUUCAAAGGCAUCAAGACCUCUUUUAUUUCAAUAAAACGUAACAACGUUCUAGAUCUUGAUCUAGUUCUAGAUCUUCGAUAGUCCUCAGUUUCUUCCUCUUUCUGGAUUAAGACAUUAGGAGUUAACUUGAGGCACUGUGAUUCCAGUGAGUUCCCGCUUAUUUUUCACUGAUUACGCAGCGAGCGGGGACCGAGGAGCAUUAUCUUGUGAAUUAACGCCAGUUCUUCUGAUUCACAAACGCAGGGAGUUAUAAUUCACCCGGGGGCCUGCGAGACCCACCCUCACACACUACACAAAGCAUUUGUGGGAGAGCGUGCGCGCUUGCGUGUUGGAUUCGGGCUGCUGUAAUUGAGGACUUAAGUUGAUUUAGCUCUGAUAAAGACACCGAAAGUGUCCGACCCAAGAAGACAACUGACUGAGACAUUUCUAAGGAAAGAACAUCAGACUCAAUCAGCAUUGCAAGUCUGUCUCUUCAUUCAACGUUUCCAGUACCGUGUAUCAGUCACAUCAUCUUCUAACAGGAAAUGAAGAUUGGAAAUCUAUAACUCUUAUUUUUCUCAGGCAAACAACGGAAAUCGAACUUAAAGGAUUAAUGACAACUAUGUUAAAUGAUUGGAUGUACAUAUGAAAGCCUUCGUUUAAAUAAAUAGCUUCAUUCUAGACAUAGAUCUAUUACUUGCCGGAGUUUCCCCGGUUUUCCGAAGAUGGCGACAACUGCCGACUUCUUGAAAUCAGAGGCGAGAAUGUUCGGAUUCUCUCCUCUCCCCCGAGGCCUUGGAGACGGCCAGGGUCUCCCAGGACACAUCGCCCACCCGGACGAUAUGAUGGCCCGAGGAAUCAUGGACGCUAACCAGCGGAUGAAUGGUUAUUCUAUCGACGGCAUUCUUGGACACGGUCGACUGGGACCCAAUUCUCUCAAAGAUCUUGAGAACGUGUACGGAAACUCCAUCAGCCCAAAUCUUCAUGGUGGCACCAUGAGUCCUGGCGGCUACAUUCACAAUAGUCACCACAACCAGAUGGCCCACCACCGACAUCCUACAGCGGCUAUCAGUCCGGUCAUCGCCAGCCCCAACCACCUCAACAAACUCCGACACAGUGGCGACAUCCACGGCGGGGGCGCCAACCACCCGUACCAGCCUUCCACCCCGACCGCCAGCCCGAACACCCCCAACGGGGUCAUGUUGGGCAACGGCGGCAUGCCCGGACACAACAACCCCGGACACAACAACCCCGGACUCAAGUCCGACAGGCAUGGGCUGAGCCCACCCUCCAGCAACGGGGACAUCUCGGGCCACCACCAGCACCAUCAUCUUCAGCCUAUGCUCAACAUGUCCUUGAAGAAGGAACACGAAGGCAGCAUCAAAGGCGAGAGCAACAAAGUCCAAGCUAACAGUAUCGGAAACAACAAACUCUCAGAGAAGGAAAAACCCGACAACGAUUUGGACGACGACGCCGAUGACGACGGGGAGGACGGAGAGGAGCCCAAGAGGAAGAAGAGGCGGAACAGGACCACCUUCACCAGUUUUCAGCUGGAGGAGAUGGAGCGGGUCUUCCAAAAGACUCAUUACCCGGAUGUGUACGCCAGAGAACAAUUGGCUUUGAGAUGCAGCCUAACAGAAGCAAGAGUGCAGGUUUGGUUUCAAAAUCGCCGGGCGAAAUGGAGGAAGCGGGAAAGGUUUGGCCAACUGCACACAAUGAGGGCCAUGGCCACGGCGGCCAAUCAGGGCUACGACAUGCCACUGGCCCCAAGACACGACUCCUACUCACAGAUGCAGAACCCUGACUCCUCCAUGAUGUGGAUGGAGAUGUACAAUCACUAUGGAAACAACAUGUGGAAUCCGAUGUCAGCCAUUAAGGGUUAUCAACUGUCUAUGGACGCCGCCCAAUCACUUGGAACCAAAUGGCCAGCUGCUGUACCUCCCAUGUACCCUACAUGGAAUGACCCCCAGUUACUCUACUCCACACCUCAACAUCAGCACCCGUCGCCGGAAGCUCUCCACGGAGCAUGCGCACCCCAACAGCGCCACGACGUUUACUCUCAAGCCGCUAACUUUCAGCAGUGCCCGACGGGGUCGUCCGGGCCUUGAGGUCUAAAAACUCGGACAUUAGAUGGACAUGCACUUAUGGAUUAUGGUCAUUUAUUCUUUUGCACACCUUGCACGGCAUCAAACAUCUAGGAAGUGGGUCAACAUCUAUCAAACAUACCUGCAAGUAAUCGUCUGCCCCCACUUGAGACGAACACUUGCCUUGGUGCAGCCUCCAUAAAGAAGCGUCGCUAGGGCUCGUGUCACCCAAUCCCGCCCGCACCAAACGCAUUUCCCUAGCGACGCCUCUGAGUACGUGCAAAUACUGUAAAUAUAUUUACACCAGCAUUAUCUCCCGAUCCGUCCCUGUUUUGAACGAAACUGUCGUCUGGUGCCAACAUACUUCUAUUAAAACCAAGACAUGCUUUUUUAUUAAAACCAAGACAUGCUUUUUUAUUAAAACCAAGACAUGCUUUUUUAUUAAAACCAAGACAUGCUUUUUUAUUAAAACCAAGACAUACUUUUCAUUAUUCAUAUGAACCCAUUCAUUUGAUGUCAAGGUUUUUUUUUUAAACUAUUGUUUCUCGUAUUCAUUUUAUAGAUCAAUCUUGUAAUUGGGAAUUCCGAAUUCGCCUUUUCGUGACUGUCAGUUAGUUUGCAUGCAAAUGCCUUGUAAAGUUUAAAUACCUAUCAUUGCCUAAUGUAGAGAAGUGACAUUUGAACCACUUACUGUUUGAGGUAUAAUUCUCUAUUAUGAGUGAAAGAACAAUUCGUACCAAGUGAUUGUGUUCACGGAAAGCCAUAUUUUAUGUUCCAAAGUGUUCAGUAAAUAAAGAAAAAUUACAGCGUUUCGAAAACAACAGCAACUUUAAGACUAGAAUAGAAUGCCGAAUUUAUUUGUUGUUUUAUGAUAUUUAAAUUAUGUUUUUAAUAUUUGCUAUUGAAGUGUACGUAUUACACAACGAAUAAUAGACGUGCCUUAUAGAUAAUCAAAAACAAAAAAUGUGCCUUAUAAACAUGCCCGCAUAAUACAUGUGCCUAAAACAAGCGCCCUUUUGCAUCUACCUAAUGCAAGUGACUCACAAAAGGAAAUUAAUUACUUAUUGGGUAUAGUACUAACUACUAAUCGUGAUAGUCAAAUUGGUUGAAAGCCUUCUUACAACCUAUAUGCACUUAAUAUAAUGUUAUCAGGUUUUUUUCAAAGACAUAUAGUCCAUAGAAUUAUUUUGAAGAUAUUUAUUCUUUGCGUUCAUCAGAACCUAAAACUUGUUUAACAUGUAUAUAUUGAUAUAUCAUUAUGUUAUUACUUUAUAUAUAUAUAUAUAUAUAUCAUUUAUCAGCUAAAAUGUGCCUUCAAUAGAAUGACUUUAUCCAGCAAUAAUACAUGAAAUUUUGUAUACAAUCUUUGUACAUAUAUAUGUUUCACGAUGUAUAAACUCUUUACAAUGAUUGGUGCUUACUACAAGAUCAAAGAGAGAAAGACAAUAUAUAAAUAAAUAUUUUCUUAUGAAUGCGAAUGUCAGAUACAUUCUGAAUGUCAAAGAUAUAAGAAAACUUUAAAGUCACGUGGACGUUAUAACAAGGUCACGCUGACCGCAAUGCAUUACGAUAGAAGUGAAGUGUUAUGCGUGACGUCAUAUCAGAACUCUUCCUAACGGAGGUAGUAAUUGAUUCACCUGAUUGUAGGCUCGUCUUAGACGAAGAAAAAAAAUGCAUUGGUGUGAAUACUCUAUCUUCUGCUAGUUCUUGGCAUACGAUGAACUUGUUAGAAUACAUACAUGCAAGUCUACAUAUGCAUUCAUUGUUCAUUACUGUGGAAUUCAGCACUGCGCUAGCUUGUGUAAUUCCUCGAAUUCAGCACUGCGCGAGCUUGUGUGAUUCAUUGAAUUCAAAACUGCGCGAGCUACUGUGUACUUGGCGGCUCACCAGAGCUGUAGGAACUAUGGUCAUUUACUAGCUACAGCAAUCAAGGUGGAACUCCUUUUGACCAAGUCUUAAUUUUGUAUCAGAUACAUAGACACUCAAAAGUCAAAUCGCCUGAAAUCAAGAGCUGAUACUUCGAACCAAUAGUCACAUAGUUAUCUGGUUUGAUCCAUCAGGUCACGGAUGAAUACGUUUCAUUGACGCACGAGAUUCUCACACGUGACUUCUUUGUGUAGAGCAACAUUUAUGUCCUCAAAGAUUUGCUGGACAUGUACACCGCCAGACUUUAGCUCAAGAGCUAAGAAGAAAAGAGCCAGCAACUCUUUGUAAGCUUAGUGCUUCUACAAAUAUACGAAAGUUAUGGAACUUUGGUUUUUGGAUUUCUGUAAAAGAAAAGCAACAACAACAAAAAAAAAAAAAAAACAACAACAAAAACUGCAGAGAUGACAAGAAACAAUGAGCUACGAACUCUUUAGAGAUGGUGUGUAUUACAGAUUUCAUUGUUUCAAACUAAUGAAGGUAAUUUGUGCGCAACAUGUAAUCACGUGACCAUAUUAACUUUCAACCUUGUCGGUUGUUGUUUUCCCGUCUAUAACACAGAACCCAAGUCUCGUGACAGUUAUCUCCUUGGUUGUUGUUUUUUUAAAUGAUAACGUCAAAUUAUUGUAAAUCAAUCUUGAUAUUUUUUGGUAUUCUAUAUAAUUUUUGUAUUUAGUUAACAUUUGCUAUUGAUGUUUUUUUUUACUAUCAUUUGUUUUUUUGUUUUUGUUUUUUGUAUCAUUUAAAGAACUGCUUUCUUCAUCUAAGUA